AUUCAGUGAAUCACGUGGUAGGUAACCUACAAAACGUGUUAAGAUAACCUAAAAAAAAAAUAAGUUCAAUUUAAUUAAAGGGGGUUAGUUAAUAAAACCUAAUAAUACAAACCAAUGUAGAAAGGUCCAAAAAAUGGAUGCUUAUGAUAUUUUUAAAAAAUUAAGUCAGGGUGCGAAGUUUUCUCGUGAACAUAACAUCAAGAAAAGUUAUAGCAACAAUGAUGUGAUAAAAGUUGAGAAAAAUGAUAACGAACCAAAAAAUCAACCUGUAUCUAUCAAAAAGGAAAAGGAGGAAAAUCCUAUCACUCUUUUAAGUAGUUUAAAAUCUUCAACAGAGACUAGAGGCAAGAAACGUAAGCAUUCCGACCCUGAAUCUGAAGAAAAAAAGAAAAAGUUAUUAAAACAGGAAGAAGUGAACCAUUACAGAAAUUUAAACAAAAUAUCUGUUGUUGGCAAACGCGUACCAGAACCUGUUAAAACAUUUGACGAUUUAAACGUGGACCCUAUCAUAAUCAAUAAUGUAAAAAAAUGCGGUUACAUUGAACCAACUCCUGUGCAAAAACAAGCAGUUCCAAUUAUGCUAGAGGGGAGAAAUUUACUAGCGUGUGCCCCUACUGGGUCUGGCAAAACUGCAGCGUUUUUGAUCCCGAUUUUACACGAUCUUAAAGGGCCCAGAAAAGAGGGUUUUAGGGCUCUGGUUUUGUGCCCAACCAGAGAGUUGGCAAAGCAGACGCAAAGGGAAUGUAUUCGUUUAUCAGAAGGAAAGGGUUUUCACGUGCAUGUGAUAAGCAAAAUAAAUAAAGCCCUGAUACAGUAUGGACCAAACAGUUCGCAAAAAUUUGAUAUUUUGAUUACAACUCCGAACAGGGUUUGCUUUUUAUUAAAGCAAGAUCAGGCUGCAUUAUCAUUAGCAAAUAUCAAAUGGUUAGUCAUUGAUGAGGCAGAUAAGCUUUUUGAAACUGGAAAUAGGGGCUUUAGAGAGCAGUUGGACCAAAUAUUAAAUGCUUGUACAAACAAAGAGAAAAAAGUGGCCAUGUUUAGUGCCACAUACACACCAAUGGUUGCUAAAUGGUGUGUUCAUAAUAUGAAAGGAUUAGUUCGCAUUACUGUUGGACAAAGAAAUGCUGCAGCAGAUACUGUUGACCAAGAAUUAUUAUUUGUUGGUAACGAACAGGGAAAAUUAUUAGCUUUUAGAGAUUUGGUCAAAAAAGGUUUGACACCUCCAGUUUUGGUUUUCGUUCAAAGUAAAGACAGAGCGCAACAGUUGUUUAAUGAAUUGAUUUAUGAUGGAAUUAACGUUGAUGCUAUCCAUGCAGACAGAACACAACUGCAGAGAGAUAAUACCGUUAGAAGUUUUCGGGAAGGUCGUAUUUGGGUGUUAAUUUGCACUGAGUUGAUGGCUCGCGGUAUUGAUUUUAAAGGAGUUAAUUUAGUGAUAAACUAUGAUUUUCCACCGUCGGCUAUUUCUUACGUUCAUAGGGUGGGAAGGGCUGGACGUGCGGGACGUACAGGCAAAGCUAUUACUUUUUUCACAGUUGAGAAUACUGUUAAUUUAAGAAGUAUUGCUUAUGUUUUGAAAGAAUCUGGUUGUGAAGUUCCCUCAUAUAUGCUUACUAUGAAGAAAACUUCGAAAAAAGAUAGGAAAAAAUUGGAGAAAGCGGCGCCUAAAAGAGAUGAUAUUGAUACGAGGCCUAAAUAUGAAAUUUUGAAGAGGCGCUUGAAGAAAAAGAAAGGAACACCAAUAAAUCGAGAGGGUGCAAAGACCCAAAAAUCAGAUAAUAAGAAAAAAACGAAAAGCAAAAAAACCAAAGAAAACACAGAAUCCAAAACGAGUAAAACGGUAGUGAAAAAAGGAAAAAAGAAAAAUGCUUUGACUAAAUAAUAAAUUAAUAAAUAACUUUAAUGCAAA